ACUGACAUUCUUUAAAAGUACAUCAGUUUCCUUUUAAGCAGGUAUUUGCUUACCACGUAACUGGGUGUUGAGUGCUAUUGUAGUUAUAAAGUUUGCUGGGCUCAGCUCUAGAUUUCCUUAAGACAUACUGCUGACAUCACUGAAUCUCCUCUCAGAUUCCUUUCCCUCUCUCUCCGGUUUCCUCCUUCAGUUGUUUGACCUGUCAUGACGAUAACAUCUAGUAAGGAAUCUGAACAUUGAUCUUUCACAGAACUGAGGAACUGAAAAUGGGCACCACUCAAAUCAAUACGUCAAGUGCCCCACUCGUUAACGGUAUCAUCAGCGCUGACCUCAAGACACACAGACCCCGGGUGAUGUCCAAAAGUGGUCACAGCAAUGUGAGGAUUGACAAAGUAGAUGGUAUAUACCUGCUUUACCUUCAAGAUUUGUGGACAACGGUUAUAGACAUGAAGUGGAGAUACAAACUUACCCUGUUUGCUGCUACUUUUGUGAUGACCUGGUUCCUCUUUGGAGUUAUCUAUUAUGCCAUUGCAUUUCUUCAUGGAGAUUUAGAAAGGGAUCAUUUCCCCCCCAAACAUAUGCCUUGUGUCAAGGAAGUAAAUUCACUAACUGGGGCAUUUCUCUUUUCUUUGGAGUCACAGACAACUAUUGGUUAUGGCUUUCGUUUCAUCACAGAGGAGUGCCCUCAUGCCAUAUUCCUCCUGGUUGCUCAGCUGGUCAUCACAACCUUGAUUGAGAUCUUUAUCACUGGUACCUUCUUGGCCAAAAUUGCAAGACCCAAAAAACGGGCUGAGACUAUUAAGUUCAGUCAUUGUGCUGUAAUUACCAAACACAAUGGAGAGCUUUGCCUUGUGAUCAGAGUAGCAAAUAUGAGGAAGAGUCUUCUGAUUCAGUGUCAGCUGUCUGGGAAACUUCUUCAAACCUAUGAAACCAAAGAAGGGGAGAGGAUCCUGCUCAACCAAGCCAGUGUCAAAUUCCAUGUUGACUCCUCUUCAGAAAGUCCUUUUCUGAUUUUACCUUUAACCUUUUACCAUUUAUUGGAUGAGAGUAGCCCUUUAAGAGAUCUCACACCCCAAAACCUAAAAGAAAAGGAUUUUGAACUGGUUGUCCUCUUGAAUGCCACAGUAGAAUCCACUAGUGCCGUCUGCCAAAGCAGAACUUCUUAUAUACCAGAGGAGAUCCACUGGGGUUAUGAGUUUGUGCCUGUGGUUUCUCUCUCUCAAAAUGGAAAAUAUGUUGCUGAUUUUAGUCAGUUUGAGCAAAUCAGAAGAAGUGUAGACUCUACUUUUUAUAGCAUGGACUCUGAAAAACAGAAACUAGAAGAGAGAUACAGACAGGAAGAUGAAAGAGAGAGAGGACUGAGAACAAUAUUGUUACAGCAAAGCAAUGUGUGAUUGUAUGUAGGGCCGGCUCCAGGCACCAGCGCAGCAAGCAGGUGCUUGGGGUGGCCAACGGAGAGGGGCAGCACG